GAAGCACUGAACUCUGAUGAAUUCUCACGUCGGUGAAGCUUGAACCAAAAAUGGAGGAGAAUCCAUCGCCAUCAUCAUCAUCACCACCACCAUCGAAAUCGAUCACGAAGGGAAAAGCUUCAACCGAUUCGAUCAUGGGCGUGGGUUUGCUCAACGACGACCUUCUCCAGAACAUUCUCACCAGGCUUCCUGCCCUAUCGUUCGCUUCAGCAGCUUGCGUUAGCAAAACAUGGAACUCUGUCUCCAAUCGCAUCCUUUCUCGUCCCAAGCUCUCAUCUGCGCUUUCUCUCAACCCUUCACUCACCGAUGCAGUGAACGAGGUUCUUCACAAGGUUCUAGCUGAGCCAAUUCGACCUUAUUUCGCAAUUGUCAAUGUUGGAAGUGGAUUCGAAUCGUCAAAGAUUCUGCGGCUUGUUAGAAAGAGAUUGGGGUUUAAUAUUCCGGUUAUUGUCUCGGUGACGAAUGGUAUUAUGGGAAGGGAUGCUCUUACUGAUGAAUUUAAAGAGGUCAAGUGGGGUGCGCUUUUUAGUGGCAUUGACAGUGAAGCAUAUGCAAGAAAUCUGAAUGAAGGCAUAGUGUUGACCGUUGGAUACUUGCCGGGAUUAAAAGUUGAAGCUAUACCAUUGCGUCGACCGCCCAAGCAGACACCUCAAGAACCACGGAUUGACAAUUUUGUGAUGGAUAUCAAGGAAUAUUCGGCCUCUGUCUCCAGUUGCAAAUUCCCUGUUGGGAUUAUACUGUUUGGAGAAUCAAGCAGUGACAUGAAACUGGUUCUGGAGAAGUUGGACUAUGCCAUGCCGAUGGACACAAUCAUUGUGGGUGAUGAGCGAGGCUCCUUUGUAUACUGCAGUGGAAAUGAUUCUAGGAGUAUUCGUGGUAGAACAAGGGACACAGAAGCUGUUGCUCUUGUAUUUGCUCAAGACAGAGACAGGUCUUCUGGAAGUAUUAGAUUCCAUAUUGCAUUCUCAAACGGGGUUUCAACUGUGGGUGCUAGAUACAAGGCAGUUUCAGUUAAAACAAACUUUGAUGAUUGUUCUACCUGGCUAACUGCUAGGAGGGAAGGGCAGCAGGAACUUCUUGAUGGUCAGAGUAUUCUACUUGAGAUUAACGAUUCGCUAGAGAAUCAGAUCGAGUCUCCAGAGUUGUACAUUGGGGUAAUUAAACAUAGGAAAUUCUCCAUUGGAGCAGAGAAGCCAAUGCCAAGAACGUCUAUUGCAUAUCAUGGAGUUGUAGGAGGUGAUGAAGAGUAUCUAUAUGUUGAUGGAAUUGGCAUCAAAACAGGAGAUAUCUUUCAGUUCUACCAUUCAGAUCCUAAAGCAGCGUUAGGUUCAUUAACAGAGGUCCAUGAUGCCCUCAACAAUAUUAAGCUGGAAAAAAAUUCUAGGAGGUUCAUGUGUGAUGGAGACAAUGGUGUUAAUGUUUUCGGGGGCCUUAUUUUUGCUUGCUAUGGCCGUGGUGAGUCAUUCUUUGGACAUCACAAUAUUGAUAGCUCCCCAUUCUUGGAGAAUUUCCCAGGAGUGCCACUGGGAGGCAUAUUUUGUGGUGGAGAAAUGGUUCGUCCUUGCACCACUUUGAUUGGUCAGCAUCAAGGAGCAAGCCCCAUUAGUUGCUGUCUACAUGUUUACAGCACUGUAUAUUUAGUGAUGACAUAUGCUCCCUCCUCUGUGGAACAAUAGAUGCUGCUCAUGUUUAUUCUCAUGAUGUACAUUGCUAGUUUAAGAGGAUGCUCUGUGCUGCGGUCUUGGAUUCGACUAUCUUAUGGUGUAUCAGAUAAUAAUUAUUUUGUUACAUGGAUAUGGAGUUUAUGCAGGGUAGUUUGUUUUAACUAUCACAAUAUCAUUAUGAAACUGACUUUCAAGUUUCAAGUCUUUCGUAA